UAUCUCUUGAAAGUUGAGGAUAAAUGUCCUCUGCGUGUUCUUCAAGUUUUACUUUUUCGCUUACGAUGGAAAUGAUGAACGCGUUCGAGCGACUUCUCGUCUAAGGCGGUGCCAAAACUUCUCUUGGGCCUCGCUCUCAGUGCCUCCUCCCCAAAAGGGAAGAAGAAAUCUUCCUCGUGUAGUAAUCUGCAGCUUCUGCAAUUCAGGAACGUAAGACAGCAGAAUCGACAAUGGUGGGGACGGAUCUGAAAGCAGAGACGAUGAAGCUGAUGGAGAAGCGGACCGCCAUCGAGGCCGAGAUGAACGUCAUCAUCGAGCGCCUCACCCGGCCCGGCGGUCCCGGUCUCUCCGGCAACCUCGUCGAUUCUGAGGGGUUUCCUCGCACGGAUAUUGACAUUCCAGUCGUGCGAGCUGAGCGUCGCCGUCUUUCCGAGCUUCGGAAUGACCAUAAAGAGAUUACUGAUAAACUUGAUGAGAAUAUACAAGUCCUCCAUUCAGCUAGACUUGCUCCCAGAUCGGCACCGGCUAAGGGUUCCGGUGGUGCUGUGGGAUUGGAUCUUACAAACACAUCACAUGUUGACGCAGCAGCAUCAGAAUCUUCGCAUAAUAUUGCACAAAGAGAUACUCCCACUGACAUGGAUGUUGUGAUACUCAGCAGACCCUUUGCAGUAGUUGAUGAAAUAACUGAUGGUUCACCAGCAGCAGAGGAUGGUUUGCAGCUGGGUGAUCAGAUUGUGAAAUUUGGAAAUGUUGAAUCUGGGGAUAAUUUGCUCCAAAGACUCUCUUCUGAAGCUCAGGCAAAUCAGGGCCAUGCUUUAACUUUGGUGGCUAUGAGGCAAGGUGAACCCAUCAACUUAACAGUGACUCCCCGAGCAUGGCAAGGCAGAGGUUUACUGGGGUGCCAUUUUCGGAUCUUAUGACAUGCUGUGUCUGCAAGUACCCCCAGAGAGGUUUUUUAACAGGGCGCGAGGUGCGCUUCAAAGGAUGUCUCCAAUACUGGUCUCCUCUUUUUGUUGACAAAACAUCUCAUUUAAUUAUGAAGUUCAUGUUUGGUCAAUGAAAAACAAAUUAUGCAGUUCAUGUACUUUUUAUGAGUUUGACUUCUUCACAUGUUUGCUGGUAAAUGUGAUACACAGUUUUCUCUAGGAUUGA